GCUGCCCUCAGAGAGCCAAGCCAAGCCCUCAUCUGAGUUGCAAACGGUGCAGGGGCUUUACCUGGCAUAGCCAGCCAGCGUUAGGGUUUCUAUUCUCUCGGCCCUUUCCGGAUGUAACCAUGGCUAAUCGCACGGACCCGACAGCGCGGAGCGUGCAUGGCACGAAUCCGCAGAACCUCGUGGAAAAAAUUCUGCGCUCGAAAAUCUAUCAGAACACUUACUGGAAGGAGCAAUGCUUUGGUCUUACAGCUGAGACUUUGGUGGACAAAGCAAUGGAAUUAGACCAUUUUGGAGGGACGUAUGGAGGUAAUCGUAAAGCGACUCCAUUCAUGUGCUUAACGCUAAAGAUGCUCCAAAUUCAACCCGAGAAGGAAAUUGUGGUUGAGUUCAUCAAGAACGAAGAUUACAAGUAUGUGAGAAUACUUGGUGCUUUUUACUUGAGACUGGUUGGAAAGCCGACUGAUGUGUAUCAGUAUCUUGAACCCUUGUACAACGACUAUCGGAAAUUGAGACGAAGAACUUCGGAGGGUGGCUAUAUUCUCGCGCGUGUGGAUGAGUUCAUCGACGAGUUGUUGACGACGGAGUAUAGCUGUGAUAUUGCCUUGCCUAGAGUUCCCAAGCGAUGGACACUGGAGACUACUGGAUUGCUGGAUCAGCGUCGGAGCGCUUUGGAAGAUGAUUUUGAAGAAGAGGAGGAGAAAGAGGAGGAGGAAGCUGCUGCUAAUGGUCUUGAAGCUAUGGAUGUUGACAAAGAACAUAGAAGAAGUCGAAGUCCAGUGAAAGAAAGGGAGCGAGACGAAGAACAGGGUAGAGAUCGUCACCGAGACUAUCGGGACAGAGAUAAUCGGGACAGAGGCGACCGGGAUAGAGGCGAUCGCGACAGAGGCCGAGAUCGUGAUUAUGAUCGUGAUUAUGACCGUGGCAGGGAUAGGGAUCGAGAGCGAGAGCGAGAGCGAGGCCGAGACAGACACCGAGACCGAGAUCCUGACCGUGAUUAUCGUUAUCGUGAUCGGGACAGGGAGAAAGAUCGUGAUGUAUAUGAUAGAGAUCGUGAUAGAGAUAGGGAUUAUCAUCGUCGUGAUCGUGAUCGUGAUCGGGGCCGCGACCGAGACAGAGAACGAUACGGUGAUCGGGACAGAAGGAGGAGUCGAUCUCGAAGCAGAAGUAGAGAGCGGCGUGAUCGUGAAAGAGACCGUGAUGCCCGCUCGCCAUCUCCUGACCGCAAAAGAAGGCGAGGGCGAGUUGAUGACGAUGGACCACUGGAGGAUGGUGAGCAUCGGGCAAACCCCGACGACAAGAAGGAGAAAAAAGAAAAGAAGAAAGAGGAGAAGAAGCAACCUGUUACUGAUGGAACUGACCACCCUGAUCCCGAGAUUGCCGAAGCUAAUAGGAUACGUGCUGCACUAGGACUAAAGCCUCUGCGUCCUUGAUAUUGUCCUGUAUUACUUUUUGUAUGCUUAGGUGGGUACGGCUUUAACUUGAUUGAGGUCCAAGAAAGGCGUUGUCCAUACAGAUGUCUCUUAGGCAUGCUUCCACACCUCCCUGACUGCUAAAACUUUUGUGUGGAACAACCUGUUGAUUGUUAGGAGCUACAGCAGUUACUUUGUAGUUAUUGGCUCGAGAAAAUUGGUGAAUUGUGAUAAUUACGCUGGAUGGAGGAUUAUAUUUCUUUUUCCUGAGAAUUUCCUACGCGGGGAACAAUUUAUCGGCUCACAGACAUCUACAGAAUCGUGUAUUGCAAACGUUCAGAGGCAUAUAUAGAGAAUUGUAGCGCGUGUUC